AUGGCAAGACCAAUGCCAAGACCAUCGGUCUCGAUCAAAACCCUUGUUCCGUUCUCUGCAACCUCUCUCACCUUCAUCUUCCUCUUAAUCUCCGUCCUCCCCGUCCUCUCUAUCUUGACGUUCCUUUGCGCUUCCCACGGCAAACCCAAGAAGUCGGCAAAGCGCGGCCUGUCUGUCCCUGGGUCCAGCGAGAAGAGGCUCUUCUCGAGGCUCAACAGCAGCAUCAGCAGCAAGGCGCUCCUGAUGGCGAAGAUGAUAUCAUGGAAGAAGACGGAGGGAGGAGAAGAAGACGAUGGCGAGGACAGCGACGAAGCUCUCUGGAGGAAGACGAUCAUUAAAGGAGAACGGUGCCGGCCCCUGGAUUUCUCCGGGAAGAUCGAGUACGACGCGGAAGGAAACAUCGUAACUGCGUAG